AGUCCAGAUCCGCAGAGACGUGAAGUAUUGCCGGGCUGAACUAUCGUGUUUUUCGAGCGACAUAGUUUCAUCAGACUCACAGCCAGAUAAUCGUAACUAUUCUGACACAUUUAUUAGGUCUUCCCCACGUCGUGUUUGCAAUUCUGAGUCACUGUUCCAACCCUCUCAGCACUCACUACCUUAUACGGGGUCUUACAUAUCUUUUCACUCGGAGAUAGUCAUCAAGACGACCAUUGCAGAGCAUACCUUAAACCAAGGGCAGGUGUCACCAUGACCGUUCUUGUUGGCAGACCACUCAAUUGGGCCAUCAUGGCUACAGCAGGGUCUGGCUUCCUUUUGUUCGGUUACGAUCAAGGAGUCAUGUCAGGCCUGCUCACCGGGGUCGCAUUCACGCGAACCUUUCCCGAAAUCGAUACCACAGACGGUGCUGGGGGCAGCUCUUCGCUCCAGGGGACAGUUGUCGCCAUUUAUGAGAUUGGCUGCUUCUUCGGCGCGAUGUUCUGCUUCUUCUUUGGAGAAGGACUCGGCAGAAGGAAGUGCAUCAUGCUAGGAUGCAUUAUUCUCAGCAUUGGUGCUGCGCUGCAGGCUGCAUCGUCUGGCAUUCCCCAGAUGAUCGUUGGUCGCAUAGUGGCAGGGUUGGGUAACGGCAUGAAUACGAGCACAAUUCCUGUGUGGCACUCAGAACUCAUGAAGGCCAACGAUCGUGGCAGGGGCCUCUGCAUUGAGCUCGCGAUUAACAUAUUCGGCGUCAUGCUCUCGUACUGGGUUGACUAUGGCAUGAGUUUCGUAUCGAGCGAUGCUCAAUUUCGCUUUCCGCUGGCACUGCAGAUUCUGUUUGCUAUUGCUACCUUUUUUGGUAUGCUCGUCCUGCCAGAGUCCCCGCGCUGGCUCAUUGCACACGACCGUUUCGAGGAAGCGAAGCAUAUCCUGUGGGCUGUUGAGAAAGACGCUCAUAAUCUGUCUCCUGACGACGAGCUAUUGAGGCGCGAUCUAGCCAAUAUCCAAAAUGCCGUUGCGGAGGAGCGCGCAGCAGCAGCUAGGGGAAGCUUCAAGACGAUGCUGAAGAAUGGAGAGCAGAAGUUCCUCUAUCGAACUUUGCUGGGUAUUGGUGGGCAAUUCAUGCAACAGCUCUCUGGCAUCAAUCUCAUCACCUAUUACGCUCCAGUCAUUUUCCAGCAGUCUGUGGGAAUUGCGCGCGAUCUUUCGCUCUUGCUCGCUGGAUUCAACGGCAUCGCGUACUUUCUCUCCUCACUGAUCCCCAUCUGGAUUAUCGAGCGGCUCGGUCGUCGAAAACUGAUGCUAUUCGCCGCAUCUGGUCAAAUGACAUGCAUGGCUGUCUUGGCUGGCACCGUUGCGAACGGGUCGAAAGGCGCGGGUAUUGUGGCCAUUGUCAUGCUCUUCCUGUUCAACUUCUUCUUUGCCGUCGGCCUUCUUGCCAUUCCUUGGCUCCUGCCUGCCGAGUACGCACCGCUUGCCAUACGUACCCGCGCGGCCGCUCUUGCUACCGCAUCCAACUGGAUCUUCACGUUCCUUGUAGUCGAGAUCACUCCCGUCAGCAUCAACAGUAUUGGAUGGCGCACGUACGUCUACUUCGGUGUUUUCAAUGCUUUCUUCAUACCCCUCAUAUAUUACUUCUAUCCGGAGACGCGCGGCCUAUCGCUCGAGAACAUCGACAGACUCUUCACCGGCGGAAAAGUCACUAUGCAUUGGAAGGAGAGCUGGGGAGAGCCCGGCGAUUCGGUGAGACUCGGCGCCUCCGAUACUGAUACAAAGUCAAACGUGCAGAUGGUGGAGACGGCGAACGAGGGUUGAGGUAAGGAAACUGCAGGAAAUUAGUUGUGUCGCUGUUGGCCAGUACCUAGGUAGAGAGCUUCAGAAGCCUGGAAUGCAAACGUUCGUGGAUUUAUUGCGGACCUUAG